UACAGGGGGGCGCUUUGGGCUCCCAAUUAGGAACAGUACGGGCUCCCAACUACUACGGAGGAUUCGGACUCCGAAAACACCUCGCCUGUCCCCAACCUGUGUCCUCCUCCCGCUGCUACCUCCCCCUCCCCCACUCGUGUCCAUGGGAAGGCGGCCCAGGCACAGUCUGCGGGCUGCGGGUGAUAGGCAGGAGGCUGCCGCCGAGGCUCCGCCAGCGCGCAGGCUUGAGAGCAGUUAGGGGGCGGGAGCCGCAGCAGCCUCCGCGGCUCUCGAGGACUUAAGUGAUCCGAAAGAAGUUACCGGCGAUUCCUGUUCUCUACAAACCGGCUCAGAACCAGAGGGGCUGAAAAGCAAACGUCGGGUGUUAUUAUGUCGAUUUCCCAAGGACCGGGGUUCCCGCCGCGGAUCAGAUGAAAAGGUUGGCUCCUCCGGAGUCCUUCCAGCAUUUUAUGCGUAGAGUCCCAAAGGAUUGCCCGGAUUUGCUGUGAACCAGAGCUCUCUUUUAUGCUUACACCUCACAUUUUCAAGAAAGCAUUUUGUUUGCCGUGUUGUCCUGUUCCUAGCAUCAUUCGGGUCUCCUCCGAGCAAAUCACAGCCUCCUCGUUUAAAGUUAUGUUUCUACCGAGUGUGAUCUCUAAUUGAAAGUUAACUUUUUGGUUUUGGAUGAGUCUGUGGAGUUUACGUUGUAAGAAGAAAGGGAGCCUGAGACACGAUGAAAGAGAAGUCUAAAAAUGCUGCCCGGACGAGGAGGGAGAAAGAAAACAGUGAAUUUUACGAACUGGCUAAAUUACUGCCGUUACCCUCAGCCAUCACCUCGCAACUGGACAAAGCCUCGAUCAUCAGACUCACGACCAGCUAUCUCAAAAUGAGAGUGGUCUUUCCGGAAGGGCUUGGCGAGGCGUGGGGUCACACCAGUCGAACCAGCCCUCUGGAUAACGUUGGUCGCGAACUCGGCUCUCAUCUACUCCAGACUCUGGAUGGCUUCAUCUUUGUGGUGGCCCCAGAUGGGAAGAUCAUGUACAUCUCAGAGACAGCUUCAGUUCACCUGGGCCUUUCUCAGGUAGAACUGACUGGGAACAGCAUCUAUGAAUAUAUCCACCCGGCUGAUCAUGAUGAGAUGACAGCAGUGCUCACAGCCCAUCAACCCUACCACUCUCACUUUGUACAGGAGUACGAGAUCGAACGCUCCUUCUUUCUAAGGAUGAAGUGUGUUUUGGCCAAGCGGAAUGCUGGCCUCACCUGCGGUGGCUACAAGGUCAUUCACUGUAGCGGCUACCUGAAGAUCCGCCAGUACAGCCUGGAUAUGUCUCCCUUUGAUGGGUGCUACCAAAAUGUGGGUUUGGUGGCUGUGGGUCACUCCCUGCCUCCGAGCGCUGUGACAGAGAUCAAACUACACAGCAACAUGUUCAUGUUCCGAGCCAGUCUGGACAUGAAACUCAUUUUCCUGGACUCCAGGGUAGCAGAGCUGACUGGGUAUGAACCUCAGGACUUGAUUGAGAAGACCCUGUACCAUCACGUGCACGGCUGUGACACCUUCCACCUACGCUGUGCACACCAUUUACUGUUGGUGAAGGGUCAGGUGACCACCAAGUACUACAGGUUCUUGGCAAAACACGGCGGCUGGGUCUGGGUGCAGAGUUACGCCACCAUCGUACACAACAGCCGCUCCUCCAGGCCGCACUGCAUCGUCAGCGUUAACUACGUCCUCACAGACACAGAAUACAAAGGGCUGCAGCUCUCUCUGGACCAGAUAUCACCCUCUAAGCCCACUUUCUCCUAUACCAGCAGUUCCACACCCACCAUCACUGACAACAGGAAGGGGGCCAAGUCAAGGCUCUCUAGUAGCAAGUCAAAAUCCAGGACCUCCCCAUAUCCCCAGUAUUCGGGAUUCCACACUGAAAGAUCAGAAUCUGACCAUGACAGCCAGUGGGGUGGAAGUCCCCUGACUGAUACUGCCUCCCCACAGCUCCUGGACCCAGAGAGGCCUGGCUCUCAGCACGAGUUGUCCUGUGCGUACAGACAGUUUCCAGAUCGCGGUUCUCUCUGCUAUGGCUUUGCGCUGGACCAUUCCAGGCUGGUGGAGGACAGGCACUUCCACACCCAAGCCUGCGAGGGAGGGCGGUGUGAGGCUGGCAGGUACUUUCUCGGAGCACCACCUGCUGGGAGAGAUCCCUGGUGGGGUUCUCGAGCAGCUCUGCCGCUCACCAAGGCCUCCCCGGAGAGCAGAGAAACCUAUGAGAACAGCAUGCCGCACAUCACCUCUGUCCACAGACUCCACGGUCGAGGUCACUGGGAUGAAGAUAGUGUGGUCAGCUCUCCAGACCCUGGGUCAGCCAGUGAAUCCGGUGACCGAUACCGCUCCGAACAGUAUCAAAAUAGCCCACAUGAACCUAGCAAAAUUGAAACUCUCAUAAGAGCCACCCAGCAGAUGAUUAAAGAGGAAGAGAACAGAUUACAGCUAAGGAAAGCCCCUCCCGACCAACUGGCUUCCAUUAACGGGGCUGGGAAGAAACACUCCCUCUGUUUUGCAAACUAUCAACAGCCCCCACCGGCAGGUGAAGUCUGCCACAGCUCUGCUCUUACCAGCACUUCACCAUGUGACCACAUCCAGCAGAGAGAGGGAAAGAUGCUUAGCCCUCACGAAAACGACUAUGACAACAGUCCCACUGCACUGUCUCGGAUAAGUAGUCCCAGUUCUGAUCGCAUAACAAAGUCCAGUUUAAUCCUGGCUAAAGACUAUCUACAUUCAGAUAUGUCUCCUCAUCAGACAGCAGGAGACCAUCCUGCCAUCUCUCCAAACUGUUUUGGCUCCCACCGGCAGUAUUUUGAUAAGCAUGCCUAUACGUUAACUGGUUAUGCCCUGGAACAUUUAUAUGACAGUGAGACUAUUAGGAACUAUUCCUUGGGCUGCAAUGGCUCACACUUUGAUGUAACCUCCCAUCUAAGGAUGCAGCCGGACCCAGCGCAAGGACACAAGGGAACAUCUGUUAUAAUAACCAAUGGAAGUUGAUGUUUUUCUAAAAUAUUUUGUUCUUCAAGGGUCUCUGAAACAUAUUUAUAGUCUAAUACCCCAUUAGCAACAUUUACUAUGCCACAGAUUGUUAGAAAGUCUAAGUUAAAUUUUAGGGUUACUUGAUAUGAGUCCCUGUAAAAUCAAAGAAAACAUAGCACCAACAUUCAAGGUUAUACACAGGUAAAUGAGCCAAAAAUGAAUACAGAAAUUGCCCACAUAUUAUAGAGGAGCUAUAACCGACAUGAUUGAAUUGAGAAAUACUAAUGCAAAUUGAGCAUAUCUACCACAUGGAAGGGCUGAAGACUAGAAUCAUUUUGUUGUGACAAUCUAGUAGAACUUAUACAUACAGAUCAUACGCUAUUCACAAUCUUCUAUGUAUGCGUCUCAUGCAUAAGUAUUAUAAAUGACUACUCUUCCUUAUCUAGCACAAAGAAAUGUCAGUUCCCAAAAUAACUAAGGAAGAAUUGGAUGUAUCUUGUAACACAAUUUCUUCUUUUUCAUUUCAAACUAGUCCACUCAUUUGGUUCAGGCAUAGAUUAGAGAAAUGGUUCUGGCUCUGGUACAUGAAUGUGUUUUUACCUGGUAUCCAUUACAAACGGUCAGGAAAGAGGUGGUUUUCCACUUGUUUUUGAGUUAGACGUAGAGCAGGAUUGCAUUGGCACAACAGUAAGGAAUUUUCUAAGUCACACCACUGAUCUGUUGGGAGAUACAUAAAAAAAUAUGGUCUACUUAAUUUUAAGUGGCUCAGUGAAGAAAAGGGCAGAGCAGAGUAGAGAGAGAUACUGAAUCUCCAAGCAAUGUUUAAGGGGGAGGUAAACAACAUUUUGGAGGCUAAUGUACAAAAGGCACUAAAUAAGAAAUUUAAAUCAGUUCACCCAGACAAAGUGUUGGCAAGUACAAACGGAACCAGAGAUCUGUAAAGCACUAGGUGGCACCAGGAUAAGCAUUUAAGAACAUUUCAGAGCACAAUGCGUCAGUAUGUGGAAAGCCUUAGAGUCAGGAGAGGUAAAAGCUUAGGCAGAAGGACAAGUGGUUCAAAGGGUGCUUGGGGAAGCCACAGGGAAAAUGCUGACUUUCUUUGCUGCUUGUAAACUAAGAAAGCAACACACUUGUCCGUAUGUCCAUGUGGCACAGUAGAAAGUGAAGUGAACUGUAUGCCUAGGUCUCCAUGCUGACCUUGCUUUCACUUAAUUUGGGGCUCAUAGAUGCAUCGUUUACAGUCUGUGCUUCUUGGUUAUCUGGUCUGAAAGGCAGCUCUUGUCCAUGGUUCUGCGAUUCAUUGGUAUGCUGAAAGUAAACUUGUAAGCCGUUAAAACUCUGCUGUAAAUUUUCAAGACUGAUGGUUCUGGAUUUUCCAUUCACAAGCAGAAGUCUAGAUACUUUGAUAUUUAAGCAAAGUGUGGGCUCUUUCAGGCAGGAAGAGUUACAGGCAACUUUCUCUUAGAUGCAGCCAAAUAUAGGUGCUAGAAAUUUAUGAGAGGGAAGAAAAAUAGCAAAAUUUAUUUAAUGCACUAUUCUCUAGUAUUCAAAGAAAAAUGUCAUGUGUGGUUAGGAAAGUUUCAUAGACAAUAUUUUUUAGAAUUGCCAUGCCUGUUAUUCUUGCCAUGUUUAAGGAGGAGCAUGGACUUUGAUAAUUAUUGAAACAUUACAUGGCGUUGGACACUCAGGGAUUAGUCCUGUAUUUUCAUCACACGACAUGAUCAUUUGGUGACAGUCUUCAUGACAGUAAGUUGAGAGUUGAAUAAUGGGUUGUUUGUAUAUGGGAGAAGAGGCUACAUAAAACUAAACACUACUUCUUGGGUAAUACAGAACAAUAUUGUCAAUAAAAAUCAGGAAACAUGCAAAUUAGUGAAAAGUAAUUAGUUUAUGUACUUAAAUAUUCUUUCAAAAAUAUUCAAAGGAAAAUGAAAAUUAAAUUCUAACUCCAUAAGAAAAAUAUUCGGUAAUUUUGAGAAAAUUGGGUCAAAGAAACUCACAGGACAGGUGGUUUGAAUAAAACUUCAACAUGAGGGAGGUUUUCAGGAUGGUGAAGGUUUUACAGAAUUCUAUAGAUCAGACAAAUAUCUGAUGAAUACGUAUUUUGGGCAGAAAAUCUCUACAAGUAGGUUCCAUUGACAGGUAGGUAUGCCUUAGUGCGUCAGAGGUAACUUCUGAGAGAUGCUUGUCACUAAAGUAAUUUUAGCAGAGUUUUUAUGUAGAGAAUAACUCAUACAAGAAUAAAUUGUGACCUCCACAGAGAAAGUCUAACAAGGAGGAACAAUGCUUCCCAGAAUGCCAUAAUUAAUACUUUUAAAGGAAGACAGGAUUCAUUUACAUCACAUUUUGAUUAAUAAUCUUAGUAGACUGGCCCAUUUAAAAGACAUUAACCAUUAAACAAAUGCCAAUUUUGCAGUGGCAAUUUUAUAAUGUUGCAUAUAAUGCCUCAUAGGCUUACUAUAUAUAUAGCUUACAUUGUUUUACAGAAUGGCAUGAUUAUUAUAAAUGACCCAAAAUUAAUUGAUCUUUACAACUAGGUGACUUCUUACUGUUCAUGUAGGUGUAUAAAAUGAAUUUGUAACCGACAUUAUUUUGUUCUGUACAGGAACGUAUUUGCUCAUAAAGAAUGUGCCAUCUGUUUUAAAAAAUAUGGGGUAUAAAAUAAAUACAUUCCCAGUAACUCGAUCAAUUAAUGUUAAGCUUAAAUUUGCUUCCUCUUUAAUCCUUGAUUUUCCUAUCUUUACUUAAAGGUGGAAAGUCUGAGAAGCAUGUUUCCUUCUACCACUUUGGGGAUUCAUAAAAAUACGUGACAUCCAAUUAUACAAGAAUAACGCACACACAGUUCCUUACUCUCUACAAAGCCCAUUCUAUCUGGAAAUAAUAAGAAUAUCUCUGAUGCCCAUUUGCUUGUUUUACCAAGAUAAAAUUUAAAACUGUGGAUGACCAAUGAAAUACGUAUUCCCCAAAUUUUCCUUGGGAAAAUUCUGUUAAAGUUAUUUCUGAGAACAUACAGAUGAUGUAUUCUUUUUUUAUAUAAUUUUAAGGUUAGAAAUACUAUAGGCCAGACAUUUAUGUGUGCUUCAGCCCCACAAAUCUUUUGACAUUACAUGCAAAAUCUAAUGUGGUAGCUUUUUAAAAACUGUACUUGCCUGUACAUGACACUAUGACAGAACUGAUAGACAUGCAAAACCAGACAGGAUGUACUUGACGAUUCCUUCAGUGUUUAUACAGUAAACCACUUAUUAUUUCCUGGUUAUAGUUUAUAGGGCUAGAGUAUUCCCAGCAAGAACUGUUCUUAAUGUUGUCUGUACCCUGCUGCCACUUACUGCCUUUGGGCAGAGAAUCCAACUUGAAGUAAGCUUUAAUGAGAUCUCCUAAAAAGGACAAUAUUUCCAUUUCCCUUUCUCUUAUUUUAAAUGAAGUUUAAUUUUAGUACAAGAGUAUUUGGAAAAUAUGAAUAUGCAUCUAAAGGUAAAAUGAGAUAAUUUCCCUCCACCCAACGUCUAGAUAAUGUACGUGGUGGCAGAGCUAGCAACACUCUGAAUACAGACUUGCUGUGUUACAGCUCUAUCUCUUGCUCUGUGAUUCUCUGUCUGUUUCUCUCUCUCCAAACCUGCCAAUGACCAAGCUGCUUGCAUGACCUAUUAGUACUCGCAGUAUUGGGAGCGACAGAGUGAGAACUGAGCACUUGACUGGGAAUCACUCACCUUACUACUGUGAUAUAGUAACCCUUGUUAAAAAUUUUGAAUGUCUGGAUUUUGGAUUAUUAGUUCAUUCAAAUGAUAGACAGACACCCAAUUUUCUGAAUGAUUUAAAAAAGAAAGGAAAUCCUCCAAAGACAUAGUUGAGAAUUCAUAUAAAUGCUAUAAAUGCCAGGUUUUUUUUUUUUUUUGUCGUUGUUGGUUUUUUUGUUUUUGUUUUUUUUUUUUUUUUUUUGUGUGUGUGUGUGUGUGAAUAAGGAUUUCACUGUAGGUAAAAAUCUGUUGGCUAGCUCUUACUGUGAAAAUACAUGGUGGGUAAGACAUUCUAAAUUUUAGGUGGGUGUCAGGACAGCUGUGGGUACAUGCAAGUGUAUCACAAAUAGAAAAUAAUUCUUGGGGGAAAGUUUUAUGUGGUACUUAUAUCUUGUGCACAAAGGUUGUACGGGUAGUGCUUAAAUUCAAAAGGUAAGAUGACACUCAAGUCCAUAUAGACAUUUGUUCCAAACUCCUUCUCUAAAACUGUGCAGAAAGUGCGCGCGCGCACACACACACACACACACACACACACACACACACACACACAGGCACACACGCACACACGCACACACUAUGACUUCUUUCUUACUUUGAGGAUUUAAAAAUGUGCUGUAUGCAAUGUGAAUGUAUGAUGUUUCACACAAGAAACUCUAAUUGAUAAUUUUAAUCUAAGCAUUGUAGUUUUAUGUACUGAGAUUUGCUGUGUGAACUUGCCUUCAUAACCUAGGUAAGAGGACUUUGUCCUAAUCUGCUAAUCUUAGACAUAUCUAGUCAAUUUCUACCCAAUAAUUGUGAUGUGUUUACAUUUCAAAAGAAAUGAAAUUGGCAUGGACAAAUUUUUUUUACAGUAAUUGUAACUUCUUUUCAAAGGAACAGAUUUCAGAAAGAAAGAAACCAGAGGCACUUCAAGAAAGAUAAAAUAUUUUAUGCUUGUUUUUUGAUUGACAUGAUAUAAAAAGGAUUAUAUUUGUGAGAGAAGAUACUGGUUCGAAAUACCCUCUUGCAAUGUAUAGUUUUUAGGGAUAUUAUAGUAUAAACUUGUAAUCUGAACUUUUACUUUGGAAUGUAAGUAGGAAAUAAUAGCUAUGUCAAUGAUAUCUUGCAAAGUGUCCCCAUUUAUAAUUAUUUAUAUUGUAAAUAGCUUUCUGAAGUAAAAUUGAAGUUAAUGUGCAUAAAAUGUAUUUAUUAUGUGAGGAAUUUUUGGUUUAAAAUAUAGUUACCAAUAUGCA